UCAGCUUCAAUUCAGUCUCGAACUGAAGAGAAUCUGACCGAAGGAAGUAGCAUUUCAAUUUUCAUCCAAUGUUGGAACAACAACUACGUUGUUUUUGAAAUCCAAGCGUUGUCUUUUCCCUUCUAUGUUGUUCCACCCACGACCCUUGUCCCUCCAAACCUUGCUCAAGCGUGGCUUCACCCCCACUCCCAAACCCAUCAACCGCUUCCUCCUUUUCCUCUUCCACCUUCAAAAGUUCAACCUAAUAACCCACUUCUUCUCUCAGCUGCAAACCAACAACGCCCCCACCAACCCCCGAACCCUCUCCCUCCUCACAUGGGCACUCCUCAAAUCCCACAAAUUCGAACAAGCAGAACAAUUCAUGCACACUCACUUGAAAAUCACUCACCCCUUCAUGUGGGACACCCUCAUCCAAGGCCUCUGUGCCCAACGCCACGACCCUGAGAAAGCUCUCUCCGUUUUGCGCCGUUGUGUUAGGAACCGUGCUGUAGUUCCUUCUUCUUUCACCUUUUGUUUUAUAGUUCAUGAAUUGAGCUCAAAGGGGCUGAUGGGUAUGGCCGUUGAGGUGCUGGAGUUGAUGGCUGAGGAUGGAGUUAGGUACCCUUUUGAUGAUUUUGUGUGUAGUUCCGUGAUUUCUGGGUUUUGCAGGGUUGGAAAACCGGAACUUGGGGUGGAUUUUUUUAAGAGAGUCACUGAUUGUGGUGGGUUUAGGCCCAAUGUGGUGACGUGCACGGCUCUUGUGGUGGCUCUCUGUAAGAUGGGGAGGGUUGGAGAAGUAUGUGGUUUGGUGCAGUGGAUGGAGAAGGAAGGGUUGGCAUUGGAUGUUGUUUUGUAUAGUGCUUGGGCUUGUGGGUAUGUUGAGGAGAGGGUUUUGGUUGAGGUUUUAAGGAGGAUGAGGGAAAUGGAGGAGAAGGGUAUAGGCCAUGAUUGUGUGAGUUAUACUGUGCUUGUAGAUGGGUUCUCCAAGCUAGGUGAUGUGGAGAAGUCGUUUACUUUCUUGGCCAAGAUGAUAAAAGAAGGACACAGACCUAAUAAAGUCACAUACAGUGCAAUCAUGUCUGCUUAUUGUAAGAAGGGUAAGGUGGAGGAAGCGUUCGCUGUAUUCGAAAGCAUGAAAGAAUUAGGAAUUGAAAUGGAUGAAUAUGUGUUUGUGAUUUUGAUUGAUGGGUUUGGAAAGAGAGGGGAUUUCAGUAAGGUGUUUAGUCUGUUUGAUGAAAUGGAGAGGAGCGAGAUCAGCCCUAGUGUUGUUACAUACAAUGCUGUUAUGAAUGGUUUAUCCAAGCAUGGGAGGACAGUCGAGGCGGAUGAGUUAUCGAAAAAUGUUGCUGCAGAUGUGAUUACAUACAGCACACUUUUGCAUGGGUAUACUGAAGAAGAGAACAUUCCCCGGAUUUUGCAGACAAAGAAGCGAAUAGAAGAAUCUGGGAUAGCUAUGGAUGUUGUGAUGUGUAAUGUACUGAUCAAAGCACUGUUUAUGAUGGGUGCUUUUGAAGAUGUUUAUGCACUUUACAGAGGAAUGUCUGAAAUGGAUCUGGUUCCAAAUUCAGUGACUUACUGCACAAUGAUUGACGGCUAUUGCAAGGUAGGUAGAAUUGACGAGGCUCUUGAGGUAUUUGAUGAAUUUAGAAAGACUUCAAUCUUGUCACAGGCGUGCUACAAUAGUAUUAUUAAUGGCCUAUGCAAGAAUGGUAUGGCUGAAAUGGCCAUUGACGCAUUACUUGAACUCCAUAACUCAGGUCUCGAGUUGAAUAUAGGUACAUUUAGGAUGUUAAUGAAUACAAUCUUUGAGGAAAACAAUACAAAAGAGGCUUUAGAUUUUGUUUACAGAAUGGAUGGUUUGGGACCAGACAUAUAUAGUGCAGUAUGUAAUUAUUCUAUCUUUUUAUUAUGUCAAAGAGGAUUACUUGAUGAUGCAAAUCAUAUGUGCAUGAUGCUGAAAAAGAGAGGUCAACCUGUCACGGGCAAGUCUUAUUACUCAAUUUUGAGAGGGUAUCUUAGUAAUGGGAACAGGGAGAAAACUCUGCUCCUUUUGAAUAGCUUCCUGAAAGAAUAUGGUCUAGUUGAACCAACGGUACAAAGUAUACUUGCAUGUUACCUCUGUCUGAAAGAUGUCAACCUUGCCCUUCAGUAUCUUGGAAAAAUGGUGGAUAACUCUUUUGCCGACAUUUUCCCUGCCUCUAUUCUUAAGAUUCUCAUAAAGGAAGGUAGAUCUAUAGAUGCAUAUAAGCUUGUCACAGCGAUUCAAGAUAAUUUACCAGUCACAUAUUUUGAUUAUGCAAUUGUUAUUGAUGGCUUGUGCAAGGGUGGAUAUCUCAAUAAAGCAUUGGAUCUCUGUUCCUUUGUUGAAAGGAAGGGGAUGAAUUUGAACAUAGUCAUAUAUAAUUCAAUCUUAAAUGGAUUGUGCCAUGAGGGAUGUCUUAUUGAAGCAUUUCGGCUGUUAGAUUCGUUAGAGAAACUUAAUUUAGUACCCUCUGAAAUAACUUACGCUACAGUAGUUUAUGCUCUAUGUAGAGAGGGGUUUUUGCUAGAUGCAGAGCAUAUUUUCAGGAAAAUGGUUCUCAAGGGCUUUCAGCCUAAAGUACAAGUUUACAACUCAUUACUUGAUGGAUUUUCUAAGCUUGGACAAUUAGAAAAGGCAUUUGAGCUUCUUAUUGAUAUGGAGACAAAAUAUAUCGAGCCUGACAGUUUGACUAUAAGUGCCGCAAUUAAUUGCUAUUCCCAAAAGGGUGACAUGCAAGGAGCCCUUGAAUUCUAUUAUAAGUUCAAGAUGAAAUCUGUAUCACCUGAUUUUUUUGGCUUCUUAUAUUUGAUAAGAGGCCUUUGUUCCAAGGGAAGGAUGGAAGAAGCCAGGAGUGUCUUGAGAGAAAUGCUCCAAUCCAAGCAUGUGGCAGAAUUGAUAAACAUAGUCAACAAGGAGGUUGAUAGUGAGUCAAUAAGUGAUUUCCUUACCACUUUGUGUGAGCAAGGAAGGGUUCAAGAAGCUGUUACAGUUCUCAAUGAAAUUGCCUGUAUACUUUUUCCCGUUCAAAAGUUGUCCACUUAUAAACGACAAAAGAUUUAUGAAUGGAAGGAUUUUGGUUCUAAAUGUUCAAGCAUUCUACCUUCCUCUUGCAAAAGUGGUUGGAAUCUUGGAUCUUGUGAUGGCAAAGAUGUAAAUAAUCUUGCAACAAAUAACAGUGAUUGUAUGACAAGAUCCCAGAUGCAGGGUUUUGACUUCUAUCAUUCUAGAAUUGCUGCAUUUUGUGCCAAAGGGGAACUUCAGAAAGCAAAUCAAUCAGCGAAAGAAAUGCUUUCUGAUCUGACAGAGUCCAUGAACUGAACGUGUGGGGUAAAUAAGGAAAAUUCUUUUAGUGCUUGAACUGCUUCCCGUGUGCUGCUGGCAAAGAGAGCACAUGGAUGACACCUACAGGGUAUCAUGCUUUGAGUCACAGGACUGGAUCAAUGCUGGAUCCUGUUUGAAAAGGCAGUUAUGUAACAUGGUUGAUGAACUACCGUCUGUCCUUGCUCCUGUUCUGCACUUUCACCCAUAAAGUGACUACCAAGGAACCUGCUGGACUCAACACUAAGCCACUAUAGAAAUGCUCAUGGUAAUACAUGAAGAAUGGCUGCUAACACAAUACUCGGAAUACAAGAGCUGUCAUAAUGUUGUAUUUCUAGAAAGAAAGGUGAUAAACUGCAUGCUAAUUUCUGCUUUAGGCCUGGAUCGACCAAAGUUACUCCUUCUCUAAAUGGUUAUUGAACUGCACAGAUAAUGCUUUUGUUGUGGAUUCAAUCAAAUUGGAGUUCAAGAGUUGUGAUUUGUGAAUGCAUUCACAAUCAUCAACCACUAAGAAGUUCACAAUCAAUUCUUUGAAAGUAAACAUAGUUAUUAACAAGGUCAUAUCCCACAUUGUAGCUCUGUUGGGCUAACAAUCCAACCACUGAAGGCUUACUUUUAAUGUCGAUGUUACUGGCUGGACCUAUAGUCAUGCAGAAUAUGUCAUUACUGACUUGACUAAAAAAGCUUCCAGAAUCCAUAGCCAAAUCUGCUCCUUCAGCAAAAUGAAAUGUAACCACUGGAAACCCAGCUAGAUCUUUGUUGAUACUACCAUAAUAACACAACAUCCACGGGGAAUUUUCAAUUAUUGCUCCUCUAAAGGACCUACCAAUGAGAUUUCUAACUUCUUUGUAGAUUAGUUUAUGCACAUUAUCAACUAGGUAGCUGAUAGUGCUACCUGUGUCAAUGAUGACUCCUCCUGUGCCAUUCUCUUUUAUCUCAAAAGUUCUUGGAGCUAUGUCAAGCCUUUUCUCCCCUAUACUUAUGCCUUCCAUGGUGACAUAAUAAAAGCCAUUGUGGACUUCAAAAGGGGUGGAAAAACCUUCAAGAUCUGCCCCUUCACCUAAUAUCAGUUGGUUGUAAUUGUAAUGAGGGUCAGCCAGGUUGCCUAUGCAGUAAGAAAACUUUCUACCAAUUUUUGUUGCCAAAGAUUCAACUGCACUGUUUAGUCCUAGUAUUCCAUUGUGUCCUGGAUCUGAAUCGUAUCCAAUGUAGUGGCCACAUCCAAAUAGUACAUCUAAUAUCUUAGAGGUACCUUCAUCAGUUGUCUCAAAGACAACAGUAUCACGACCAUAUGUUCCUGAAGCUGUGGAGCCAUCUGCAUAAGAUGCACGAAAUGGAAUAGGGUCACAUUUGCAACCCUUGAAGAGACAUGGUAUUUUGCACUGUGGGAAAAAGGUGGAAGACUUUGAGGGGUCAAAGAGUGGUCCUAAAUGGUUGUCACAAUUUGUGCAAGGGGAGCACAUGAUCCAGAAGCUGUCACUGGCAGUGUCUAUAAUAACUAGUUGUGGGAUAGGGGGUUGGCCUAUUGAGAUAUUGGCCAGUAUGGUUCUACCAGUUAAAGAGGGAGAAACACUAGCUUUGUUGUCAUUAUUAGAGACCAAAGAACCUUCUAUCCUUGCUUGAAUGUAGGCUAAACGUGCUGCUGAGUGUUGGAUAUCAAGUUGAAUUCGGUCUUGAGCUGUUGCAUGUGGCUUGUAGUGAGGAUGAUGAAUUGAGCCAGGGUGAAUGAGUCUGGAGACCAGUCUUUGAGGUUUAACAGAUGAAUUGCUGCUAGUUGAUGAGAAACAUGUUGAAAAAGCCAUCAACAAAAGAAGAAAUUGUUCAUAUGCAAAUGCCAUAAUAUUGAUCUUCUUUGUUAUUGAAUUUGUUGUUUUAGUUUAUUGGUAGAUUGUAGUUAUAUAUUGCUUCCAAGACAUUCAAGAUAGUUAUAUAUAGUGAUAAAUGAACCUUUAGGCUUUGCACACACAUAUAUAUUGAUUGAUUCACCUUGUGGAAGGUAUGAUUUGUAUAUACAAAAGAAAAUUUAUGACAAGAAAUGAAAAAGUAAAUUAC